AGAACCUUCCUCCAAGCGCAAUUCCUUUCUCAAUCCAUCGCCAUUCGGAACUCAGACCAGAAAGAAAGCUUCCGUUUCUUUUCUUACGCCUCAAUUCACUUCGUCAGGUCCCGCCGUUUUUCCUUUCCAGGCCUCGACCAAGUAGCCUGAAAAUACUCUUCAAAAGACAUUGGCCCUUUUAAUUUCGACAUGGCGUCUUCCGCAAACAACACCAAUGGUUCUGAGCUUUCCGCUGCUCAGCGACUGCUCCAGACGCACGCCGAAGCUCCCCACCAUGUGACAGUGGAGGAGGUACCGGACGAAGACCUCUCCACCACCAGCUUCCAUGGCGGCAGCUCCCAGACUCCGUCUUCGGAAGAGAUUGUCUCCGCUAAGGCUGCUGGAAAGCAAAAGGAGAGCCAGGCUCCCACGCGGGCUCUGGACACGCAGUCCCACGAGCUCUUCCCCGAGCUCGGUGCUUCAAAACCCAAGGGUGGUGCCAACGUGGCCCCUGUUUGGGGUGCGAAAAGCAAUUCCUCCGCUCCGGCAAACGGAAUCUCUCGAUCCUCGACCCCGGGGUCGGGCGUCGCAACGCCCACGGGGGGUGUCCCUUCCAUGGUCAUUCCCGGCCGCAAUGUCGAAACCGUGGUCCUGGAACCCCAGUACGUUUUGCCACGCACCGAGCUGCGCCGGCCGAUCCCCGAUAUCAUCAAGGAGAUCAACCGCAAGUCGCGCGCCAACAUUACCAUGUCGACGUCGGGCAAUGGUCGUCUCAAGUUUGACGCCACUGGCCAGCAAGACGUUGCUCAACAAGCUUUGAAGGAUCUUGUCGAGCAAAUCGGCACCAAGACGACCAUUCGCGUUCCCAUUCCUCAGGUCGCACGAGCACAUAUUAUCGGCAAACAAGGUUCGACGAUCAAGGCACUCCAGGAGAAGUCGGGCGCCCGCAUCAAGCUGCCCAAGGCCGAGGAGCUCGGUGCGGCGCAGGAUGACGACGAUGAUGCCACAAUUGAUGUCCUUGUCGAAGGCAAUGCUCUGUCGGCGGCUUCGGCCCGAAACGAAAUCCUGAAGAUUGCCGGAGAGCGUGCUGCCAACAUCAACGUUAAGCUGCGCGACGUCCCCGCUCAGUUCUAUCCCUUUUUGGUGGGCCCAGACAGGAGCGGCAUUGGAGGGCUCGAGAAAGAGGGUGUCCACAUCCGCGUCCCUCCUUAUCAGGUAUGGGCGUCCGAGCCCCUUCCUGAGGUUCCGCCAUCCGGGGACCGCCCACAGUUUUCCCCUGCGGCCCAGGAGAACCUCAUUCACCUCGCCGGACAGCGCGAGGCGGUUCAUGCUGCGCGUGCCGAGAUUCAGCGCCGGGUCGCGGAGCUGAGGGACCAGCUAUUGAUGCAGCAGUUCGCCAUCCAGCCCGGCCGCCAUCAGUUCAUUAUCGGCUCCCGUGGCGUCUCGCCCGACGAGUUCUUUUCUCAGACCGGCUGCACCAUCUUCUUGCCCACGGAUGAUGACAGCGACAUGAUCACCGUCAUCGGCCCCAAGCAGCGAAUCGAGCAGGGCAUGGAGCAUGCCAUGGAGCUUGCCAUGAACAUGCAGAGCUCCCAGGUCGACAUCUCCCGUUUCCACAGGAAUGCACCUGACGGUGCCAGGAUGCAUGCUCGUCAUAUCACCCGCUUCCUUCGCCAGCGCGACAUCAUUUCCGAGUUGGAGCGUGCGCACAACACUCACAUCACCACGCCUCGUAACCCCGACGGCACUGCUAUGCCCUGGGAAGUGUACGCUCGAGACGGUAAGAAUGCCAUUAAAGCGCAGUCUGCCAUCUCAGGUGUCAUCCAUGCCCUGCCGCCCUCCAGGAUCACGACGGUGCCGGUGGAUCCGUUCUUCCAUGCUUACCUCCGCAAAGAGGUGAGCCCACGGAUGACGCAGUCCCAUGGCGUUCACGUCGUACUUCCUGGAGCCGAAGAUGCUGGCGCUCCUGUCCUUCUGGUCUUCGAGGGCCCUUCUGCUGCGGAGCCCCAGCAUCAAAUCAAGACUGGGGCUCCCAGCCGAGAGGAGGAGGAGACGUUCAGGAAGAGCCUAGAGGACGCCAGGACGCAUAUUUUGGACAUUAUCAACAAGCAGGAGAGCAUCGUCUCCACUUCCAUCGACGUUCCCCAGAUCUUCCACGAGCGCCUGCGACGAUUCAUCAAGAAGGAACAGGAAAAACGGUCUGCGGACCAGAUUCCAAUCAGAGUCUCUUCGGCCAAGACGAUCGUCACUCUCCGGGGGCCCGCUUCGGCUGUCGAGUCACUUGAGAACAAGAUUGCCGCUUUUGUAGCGCAAGAAAUCGAAGACGAGAAAGAACGCGGCCUUGUCACGACGUUCGACUUCCCGCAGAAGUUUGCCAAUCACCUGAUCGGUAAGAACGGCAGCCAUAUCGGCGAGCUUCGCGAGAGGUUCGACGUCGAGAUUCAGGUACAUGACGGCAAGGUCGAGCUCAAGGGACCGAAGGCCAAGGCCGAAGCCGCCAAGAGUCACAUCAACUCGCUGGCUCGUACUUGGGCCGAUGAGACCACGCACAUUUUCAAGGUCGAGCCCAAAUUCCACAGGGAGCUCAUUGGUGUCGGCGGCAGUCUCAUCAACCGUCUCCAGAACAAGUACAAGGUUCACAUCUUCUUCCCCAAGCCUGCUAAGAGCGGCAAAGAUGACGAGUCCAACGCCGACACGGCGAGCGACGCUGGCAAACCGCGGCGGCAGCAAGCCCCUGAUGAGGUUAUUGUCCGCGGGCCUAAGAAGGGCGCCGAUGAGGCCCGCGAUGAGAUCUUGUCACUGGUCCAGUACUACAGGGACAACUCGUUCACGGCCACUGUCACCGUCCAACAGAAACAGGUCCCUUCCCUUAUCGGCCAGGGAGGUGCCGCUCUUGAUGAGUUGCGCCAGUCCACCGGAGCCAAGAUUGACAUUCCCGGUACUCGGGACACAGAGACGAUUGAUAUCCAAAUCAAGGGAGGCAAGGCCGAAGUGGCCGCGGCGAAGAAGGCUCUCGAAGAGAAGAAGGCAAUUUUCGAGGACACCGUUGUCAAGACGAUUGAAGUCGACAAGAAGUUCCACAAGGACUUGAUCGGUCCGGGAGGCGCCAUUCUCCGGGACAUUGUCGUCAACGCUGGUGGGUCAGGCGACCGCCGUGAACUCGCUCGCACCAUCCAGUUCCCGAAGCAGGAUGCCGACGGCAAUGCUAUCAAGAUCGAAGGCCGCUCCCAAGUCGUCGAUAAGAUCUGCGCCAGAAUCCAGGAAAUCGUAGCGGAACGGCAAAGCCAGGUCACCGAGAUUCUGGAUGUGCCCAUCGAGAAGCACAGGAGCCUGAUCGGCCGUGGCGGAGAAACGAAGCGACAGCUGGAGGCGCAGCUGGGCGUCUCCAUUGACAUCCCGCGUCAGGGUGACGGUAAGACGGGCAUCAAGCUCACCGGUGUCCCCGAUAAGCUGGCCAAGGCCAAGGAGCACAUCUCGUCCCUGGUCAAGGAGCAGGAGGGCGAGACAAUAAUGGUGCCCCGGAACCUGCACCACGCUGUCUCCAACAACGGCCAGAUCUUCCGCCAGCUCCGCAACAACCACCAGGUGACCGUUAGCCACGACGGCCACUCGGUGCCGCCCAAGUCCACGGCCACCCGUGCCAACGGGGGCUCUCUUCCGCUCAUCACCGACGACGAAGCGACCACGGCCGAGGCCCAUUCGUGGAAGGUGGAGAGCCUGGCCUCUACCGAAGAUGGCGACAUCCCCUGGGUGCUCCGCGGGUCUCCCGAGAACGUGGAGAAGGCCAAGGCGGCCAUUGCGAACGCCCUCUCUCAGGCUCGUAAGAACACCACGAUCGGACUCCUCGUGCUGCCGGACCCCACGACCUACCGCUACGUCAUUGGCCAAGGCGGCAGCAAGGUCAACUCGAUCCGUAAGCAGACGGGCUGCAAGAUCAAUGUGCCUCGCAACGACGCCAAGGAGGACGCCAUUGAGAUUACGGGUAGCCCCGAAGGGGUGGAGAAGGCCAAAGACCUGAUCUUGGAGGCGGUUCGGGAAGGCAUUAGCUCCCGCUCUCGGGACUAAGCAGACAAGAGCCUGAAUGACCCGACAAAUGUUCAUUGGUCUGUC